GUGCACGUGUGCUGUCUUGGUAUGGGUGGCAUGCUUCUUGAAUAAUAUCUUGGGAGUUUGCCAGUUUCGUCUUGCCUUUCAUGUUCUUCUUCUUCCUCCUUCCUUUAGGGGUCAUCACAGCAGAUCAUCUGCCUCCAUCUCAGCCCAUCUCUAGCAUCCUGUCAUACCAACCCUCUGCAUGCCCUCACUGUAUCCAUGAGUCUUCUCUGUGGUCUUUAUCUUUUCCUCCUGCCAUAUUCAACAACCUUUGUGCAAUAUAUAGACUAUCCCUCAUCUGCAUGCAUUCAAACCAUCUCAGCCUUGCUGACCACCGGUGGAAAAAUGCACGGUAUUCAGUCUAAGCUGCGCCUGCCUGAAGUCACAAAAGAGUACUAGGAAGAGUAGAGGUGAGGAGAUGAGGUGAGGAGUGUAUUAUCUGCCGAUAGCAAUCAGAAGAAGAAUGACUGCGAGCUCCCAACUGAAAAUCUUCCUCCAGGUCAUUUUGUGGCUUUGCUUUGAGCAGGUGUUGCAGGAUGUGGCUGAAGGCUUAAGUCCAACCUCUCAGAACACCGACGCAUUAGUUUCAAAUGCAAACCUGAUGUAUGAGCUUUUGCUGGGUGGGGUGGAGCUUGAUCGGGACAACAACAUCGUCCUGCUCGAUGAGGAGAUGGCAUCGAUGAGGCAGGGGCGAGCUUUUCUGUCUCUGAUCAAUGACAAUGUUCCCAGAAGUCUGAGCUCCAUGGAGCAGAUGGCAGAUGCACUCGAGGGCCAGAGGAGCAGACCGAUGACGGAGCAGGAGUUUGAAAAUGUCGUGCUGAGCAUGGUGUACGCUGCGCAUCAGGCCUGGCAUGAGGAGAGGAAAGAGAGACAAGAAGCAUGGGGUGGAGUUCUCCUCAAGCUGGCAAACAUCACGGUACUCGAACUGCGAGGGAAUCAUCUCUUCAGAUAUUCUUAAAAUAAAGUUGCAUGCAAUUAACCACUUGCCUUAAAUGUUUCUGGGUUUUGUAUUAAUAAGAAAUAUGUGAUCAAGGAAUGACUCAGCCAUAUAUGAAAUGAGCAUCUUUAUUGUCAUACAGUAAA